GUAAUAAUAAUACUAAAUUAUACUAAUACUAUAUAUAAUACUAAUAUAUAUUAGUAUUAGUAGUAGAUUAGUGACUGAUUAGUCUGAUUAGAAUUUAGAAUAAUUUAGAUGUAUACACUAAAAUACUAGAAUCUAUUCCAUACAAUCAUUUCAUUAAUUUUCAUAGACUCGAUAUAUAUUUAUAUUUAUUAUAUAUUAUAAUUAUCCGAAUCAUUAUGAUUAUUAUUACACAAUUACACAUAGAUGAUAGUGUGACAUACAUUUUCACUAGUGUGACAUACUCACAUAGAUUUGAUUGAUUAUCACUAUCAUAGAUCUAUCUAGAUCAUUAGUUAUCAUUAGAGAUGAUUAGUAGAUCUAUCUAAAUCUAGAUUAGUAUUAGUUAUUUAGUACUAUUACUACUAAUAGUAAUAGGCCUACUAAUAAUAUAAUUAUUAGUAGUAAUAAACUAAUAUACUAGACUCUAUAUAGGAUCUAUAAUUCUAUAUACUACUAAUAGAAUUAGCCUAGAGACGAUAUAGAUAUAGAGAGAGCCGGUCUAGACUCUUUUCAAAGAGCUAGAAUUCUAGAUUUAAUCUGAUUAAUCACAAUGGAAGUGGUUCCUCUUCAUAAGCAUUUAGAAUAUACCGAAAAAUGUGUUCAAAUUUUAAACACAUAUUGGCCAAGAUCAACAGCGGCAAGGGUUCAGAUCAGUAAUCCUAUAGAACCACCCAGUGGUCUCCAGAUCAGGCAGUUCUUCUUCUAUAGGAGGGUUUGGGGCCAGAGCCUUGUUCAGGCUUCUUGAUAGAGAAUGCAGCUUUGAAGGACAUGGUCUUUAUGGAGAGCUUGUCCCCCAUUGUGCUGAAUGGCAGAGGAGGAUCUAAGUCUAAAGAACACAGUCUUGCUAAAUCUUGUGAUCAUAUGCCCAUUUCAUUAGCUUUCAUUACGAAGCCUUCAGAAGUCAUUGGCUAUAGUAGGAUAUCAUCAGUCCAAGGAAUCAAGAAUGCUUGUCUUAUUGAGUCUGUUAUCAUUGACGAAUCAUUAAGAGGUAAAGGUCUUGGAAGAAUUCUUAUGAAGCUAACAGAAGAUUUUGCUAAGUCAAGAUUAGGUAUCAAGUCUGUUUAUCUGAGUACUCUAGAUCAAGAAGGUUUUUAUAGUAAACUUGGCUACGUUCCUUGUAAGCCUGUCAUUAGCCUAGGAGAUAAUGCUGACAAAGUCUCCAAAGAAAUGCUUCAGAAGUUUGCACGGCUGCAGCUGGACUUGGAAUUGAAUGGAACUACCAAAAUUGAAGAGCAAGAAAAUCAGCUGACUGCACAAGAGAAUAGUCAUACCAAGCACAAUUCAGUGACUCAGCCAGAUAGUUCCCAGGACUCAUUUAUACCUCCCCCACCCCCUCUCCCAGCACCUAAACCUACUGCCCAUUCCUACAGCAGAGCUGUUUUGAGAUUAAAUCCUGAGAAAGUUGUGUGGAUGAAAAAAGAUAUUUGAAACUAGCAUGCAUAAACUGCUCAACCAUAUUAACAUCAAUAAAAAAAAAAACUAUGCUUACAAAGACUCAGAAAGACACAAGAUAGAUGAAAGGGACAAUGCAUUACUUCAUGAUCAAUCACAUAAAUGAACAUCUUCCCUGUUGAUUACUGUUCAAAUCUAGACUGGAGUAACAACAGAACUUAUCUUCUUUACUUUAAUUUAAAAGGCUACUGUAACAUGCUUAAUGUGCUAUCGUUUAAUAUCAUUUUAAGACAAAGUGUAUCCUGAAAUGUGAUCUUCGGAGGCUGGGGAGAAACAGUUAUGCUCGAGAUCAAUCUCAAAUACGUACUAGUAAUCAAACUUGAGCCUCAUCAGUUUAGCAAUCAGUAGGAUUAAUCAUUUAAUGCUAGGUAAACUUUUCAAUACUGCCUGUAUUGUUAGCUUCUAGAUAGACUGUUGGACUUAAAGCAUUUCGAAACAAAACAUCAACAAAUCACAAUUUGUAAUCUACAAGAGUUGUAGGCCUUGGUUUUCUUGUACCGGUAUGUCUUAAGUUUAUAUUUUUGUUCUUCACCUAUGCUCUACAUUCUGCUUGACUACCCGAUACUGACCACUUGUUAGUAGGACAGGACUAUCUGAUACUGACCACUUGUUAGUAGGACAUGACUA